AAUUUAUAUAAUACAGGUGUCACAACUUCCCGAACAGGGUCACUUAUUAAAGUGUUGUUCAGAGGGACCUUCUACAGAGCGUAUCGUAGUGGAUCGCUUUUCCAAGUCUGUUAAUUUUAAUCAGUUUGAGGAUACACUAGAUUUGAAAUUCAUUUUGUUCAGUGAAGUACGUACCACAAGGGGACCAGUCCAAUGUCCGCCGACGACUUUGCCGAUGACGUCCAUCUGGUAACGGGCGGGGGAGGAUUCACAGGAUUCAAACUCGGGCAGAAGUUGGCAGAUAUUGGGAAAAAGGUGAUCUUAGUCGACAUCGUUCCCCCAAAAUGGCCCCUGGCGAGCAACAUGACUUUUGUGCAGUGUAACCUAACCAAAGAACAGGAAGUGACGUCAGCACUGAGGGGCGCGAACUGUGUGUAUCAUCUAGCCUCAUACGGAAUGUCGGGAAAAGAACACUUUAACUACAAACUGAUUGAAGAGGUCAACGUAAGGGGAACGGAAAACGUUAUCCAAGCUUGCCUGGCACACAGCAUUAAACGUUUAGUGUAUACUAGUUCAAAUAACGUGGUGUUUGGGGGACAGGAAAUUAGCAACGGGGACGAAACACUACCAUACCUCACCCUAAACAAAUUUUUGGACCAUUAUUCUAAAACGAAAAGAAUCGCAGAACAGAAGGUACUGGAUGUCGACAAGAAAAAUGUACUCCGUACAUGCGCACUACGGCUAGGAGGCGUCUAUGGUGUAGGAGAGCAGCGUCACAUACCUAGGGUUGUGAACAUGACAAAGAAUGGGUUGAUGGUGGCGUUGUUUGGCACUGAGUCCUUGACCGACUUCCUUCACGUGGACAACAUGGUCCAAGCACACAUCCUGGCUGCCAAAGCACUUACCAAAGCGGAAGGAUGCAAAGCGGCGGGCCAGGCGUAUUUUAUAUCAGACGGUGCUCCCAUCAACACGUUUGAUUUCUUUCGACCACUUAUAAAAGGGCUGGGGUACCCAAUGCCAACAAUACCAAUUCCAGUGUGGUUGAUGUGGUUUAUUGCUUUAGUUCUUGAGUCUGUGCAUUUCAUCGUAUCCGGGAUCUACGACUUUCAGCCAAUUUUUACAAGAAUGGAGGUUCUCAAGAUGUGUGUGAAUAACUACUUUAGUAUUGACAAAGCCAAACGAGAUCUUGGCUACAUGCCAGUCAAACAGAAUUACCUUUCGGAUGUUCUCGACGAUUUCAUAAAGCAGGGCUUCCGAAAGAAGGACACAAUGAAGAAGCCUGUUGUGAUACGCAUGCGUUGGUGUGUGAAUAUAGCCUUGUCUGUGAUAUUUACAUCCUUUGUUCUGUCAUACCUCCAAACGUUGAACUUUAUACAUUUGGAAAAACUUCACUGAAUGUGAUUCUUAAUAAGAUACGGAUUUUGUUUUACUACUUCUAUGUUAUAGUGUUUCUGUGCCUCCAUUCUGUAUACCAAAGGUGCCUCGCAGCUGUCUUUUUUUACCUCUGCACUGAUAAAUCUGAUUGUUCUUUUGUUUUUGUGACGACAUUUCAUACCAAAACCAAAAUGUCGCAGAUGAAUUUGAACCAUGCAUUUAUAGAUACAGUAACUGUUUUUCUAUAUUACGUACGUAACGUUCCUUGUAAGUAGGUCUGUUAUCAACAUUUUCUAGUGAAGGUCGUGGUCUUAUUAGGCUUUUGUAAUGUUAGAAAAAAAUCUUUCUCUUUUCACCGUACUUACAUCGUCACGUUUAACUGGUUAGCUUGCAGAAAAAAAUUUAACAAAUGAUAUUUCAGUUUUUAUUUUAUGUUCUGUUAAAAUUGUCCAUACAGAUUAUACAGGUAUUGUAAAUUAAUCGCGAAAAAGCAAUAUAUCAAAAGCAAUUAAUCAAAAGUAAUGAAGCACACACACACAUUUAUUUAUCAGCUUAAUUGUAUCGGAAAAGGUGAAUACAAACAUUACUAAAUAUUUCAAAUUAAAAAAACCCCAAAACACAAUAGUUAAAAUUAUGUUGGUAAUAUGUAAAAGUUCUCCCGUAGGUAAUUGAUAAAAAAGCAAUGCAAUCAUGCUAAUAUUUACAUCUAUAAUGCAAAUUAUUUAUCGACAUUUAUUUAUUAAAAUCAUUUGAGCGUUAUAUCCAGAAGAGUGGUUGAUGCUUUUCUUUCUUAAUGACUUUUCAUUGAGUUUGAGUGUAAACUAAUGACGUCACUCUUUUGCAAAAUGAUAUGUUUUUUUUUUAAUUUUGUUAGUUGCGUUUCAUUUUUUUUUCUAAAAUUUUUGCAUUGUGAGGUUCUGCUUUACUAUACAUAUGACCGAUAAUUUGUUUUUAUUACUCAUUAUUGUAAAUAAAGCAAAUUAAUGACGUCGCCUGGUUAAACAUAUUCUACUUUGUACUUGCUGCAAUUUGUUAUUAAUCAAUAUCAGCAAUGAGUUGGGUUUUGUUACCUGUUAUAUGUAAUAAUUUUAGUUAUCGAUGUUUUGCCCUUUGCUAAAGAAUUCCCAGAGAUUGAGAAACAAAAUAUUAGUUUAACACUCUCAGUGCUUUCAAUUCAAACCUUAACAAAAUUGUAAUUCAUGAAAUUAUGAUUAUUAAAAACAGUAUGAUUUAUGCAUU